ACGCUUACGUCAGAGGUAAACAACUGCUUGUGUUUCUGCAACGAUCGGCGACCCUUCUCCCUCGUCCGUCAGCCCCCAGGACCUUUCCUAUCACCUUCACCUCGGUAUUUCGGCGAUAAAUUGGCUUUUCUAAGGGGAACCUGUAAAGGUGUGACCCUUGCGAAGCUCUGUGACAAAGGAGAGAGCAUCAAGGACAAUGGGAUGAACUGUUUGUGACCCAGUUGUGCUUUGGAGAAGGCAUUCGUCAGUGCAUUCUUAUCAGAGGAUUGAUGAAUUGAUCUAAGUGGAAAAAGAGAGAGGUACCUAUAUCGCCUCUCAAGUGAUUAAGACAAAAGUUAAGUGGUUUAUAAUUACCAGAAAAGACAAAAGGAAACACCAGAGUGACAGGGGGUCGAAGGAUUACAUUGACGCCCUCGGUAACCCACAACGCUAAGAAUACUGAACCUUUAUUUGCUUAGAAAUCCGUCCUAUUAACGUUUCAAGGUGGAAGCCGAAGCCAGAAUGCGUCGUCAGAACGUUCAGACGCUUUCGUUAGUUGUCUGUACGUUCACUUACCUCCUCAUUGGGGCAGCGGUGUUCGACGCCCUGGAAUCAGAGGAAGAGGCUAAGGGCUUAGAAAUGAUCAAAGAGAUACGUCGAGGUUUACAAGAGAAAUACAACAUAAGUGAGCCUGAGUACAAGCUCAUAGAAACCGUCAUCAUAGAGAACCAGCCCCACAAAGCUGGUCCCCAGUGGAAGUUCGCGGGGGCGCUCUACUUCGUCACGGUCGUCGUUGCCAUGAUAGGGUAUGGCCACUCGACGCCCGAAACUGUGGCGGGCAAAGCCUUCUGCAUUGUUUAUGCCAUUGUCGGAAUACCUCUUGGCAUGGUCAUGUUCCAGUCCAUUGGUGAACGUCUUAACAAGUUCACUUCUAUCAUCAUUAGAAAGAUCAAGAAAAUCCUGGGCUGCGGUACCGUAGAGGCAACGGACGUCAAUCAGUUGUGCGUGACAGGGACGCUGUCGACCAUCGUCAUGACAGUCGGAGCAGCGGUCUUUUCGCACUACGAGAAGUGGAGUUACAUAGAUUCCUUCUACUACUGCUUCAUCACUCUCACCACCAUUGGCUUCGGGGAUUACGUGGCUCUGCAGAAAAACAAUGCCCUGACCACCGAGCCUGGGUACGUGGCCCUUUCUCUCGUCUUCAUUCUCUUCGGCCUGACAGUCGUGGCUGCGUGCAUCAAUCUUCUUGUGCUGAGAUUCAUGACAAUGAACACGGAAGAUCUGAAAACUGGCGAGUAUGAGAUGCAAGAUGCCUCGCAGUCUGUGGUCACCUUAGACGGGGAACUCAUGGCCAUCAAUGGAAAACUGCUGGCUGGCGCCAACGACGGAAUGGAGAUCUCGCAAGGCAGGAUGGGUUCCUACAACAGCAUCACUACCGUCUGCUCCUGUACCUGUUAUCCAAGAUCUCAUCACAGUCCUGCAGACAUGAGGCACAGGUACUCCAUCGUCAGGUCACCGUCCAGGAUAUCCCACCACCUCAUAGACCAAGUCGGAAUGGGCAAGGUGGCGCCACACGACAGCGACCAGUUUCCUCCUCUCCUUCACGACUCCUUCAUGGUUGCCAAAUACCUCAAGACGAAGAGAUCUUCUGUCUGAAAGGCGGGCAUCAGCAACAGAAUUUAACGAAGAUAAGAUCAGCUUCGACUAGAAUAAGAUUUUUCCACUAUCUCUUUAUAUGAAACCUAGCUAUAAGUAUAGGACAAAUAUCGGAGAAAUUCACUCAGAUUGACGGAGUGGGCCGGUCAACCCAGCUGAGCUACGAAGGAUGACAAAUUGGGAGUAGGGAAACUGAACGUGUAGGAAGGCAAGUAGUGGGCAGACCCACGUGUUGUUAUUCAGUGCCUCUUGUUCCCUAAGUUUCUUAAUCCAUCAACCGAUCCAUAUGAAAGGGUUCCUUAUAGGCCUAUGUGGGUUAAUGGUAUCAAGAAUGCAAUAAAGUUAAUGGAUUAAUUUAUGUACAACUGUACUGAAAUUUAAUGGUAUUUAAACUGGCAUAGUAAGAUAUUCUAGUGCAGUUCCCUAUAUCCACCGAUUUUAAGUAGUGCAGAACUGAGACAAUACAGUUCUACUUGUAACACAACUCAUCGCAUGUUUUCAUGAAAAGGAACCUUACAUCUACUUAUUUUUUUACACAAUAAACGGGCAAAUAUACUCUCGCUACUAGUUUUAUUUUGUCAGAAUAAAUUCAUAUGAUCACUGUACACUGAAUGGAUUUACUGAUACCAUAGCCUGGUGUCAUAACAGCGAAGGUCACAGAUGCGAAAUACUGCACACAGCAGAUUUACCACUACAGUUGGACAAAUUUCUACCUAAAUUCUUUGGAGUCUUAUUAUAAUAACACGUGUACACAUUUUCGAAUGAAUGAGAACAUUUUUAAAUAGUUCCCUUUGAGGAGUGUAAAAGAAUGGACAUGAAUUCAAAAACAAUAUCAAUGUUGGCCUGGUGAAUAUAUAAAAAAAAAUUAACAAUGAAAUUGAGUAACCUAUAGAAAAAAGUUUGACGCAAUUUAGUAUUACAAUCCUGGUGCUGUAAUAAAAUAAGUUGGUGUCAGUUAGAUCCUGUACAGCUGAGGCUUACUGCCAAUUCCAAGUCAAAUGUAAUUUACGGCACUAAAGGGAUGCUAGGGAAAAUGGUGGAGAUGGAGUCAGUUGUAUCCACUUGAGGACUACUCUAGGUGCAUCAUGUUCAGGAUCAUUUUUUUUUUGGGGGGGGGAGAAGAUAUGGCUGGAGGUUAAAUAUGACCACUUGGGGGACCGGUGGGUACCUGGGAAAAAGCUGCAUCAUCUUGAGGAUUAAAAGGGUGCUUAGUUACUUGUAUUCUGCUAUUCUGCAGUGUGGUGAUUCUUUAAAGUCAGAUGUAUAUUAUAAAAGGAAUGAAGAGUAUGAUGUAGAGUACAAUAACUUCACUGCACUGUGUUAGGGAUUUAGGAGGUUCAAACAACUGUAGUCUGUACAAGAAUGAGAGGAACUGAAAUUACAAGCAUUUUCUGAGUUACAUUGAUAAGGAACGACCCGGUUGAGUUGUGCAGAGUGAACGACUAAAAAUAAUUUUCAUUGGGCAAAGAAUGGCAGGCAAUCGAAAGUCAUUUUUGUAUUUUAUCGUUUUUAUUUUAAUAAUUUUUAUUUUGACUGACGGCUAGUGGUAUCUGGAAAUAAAUACAAGGCACCACGAGGUCUAGAUAAAGACAGUGUCAUUUUCUCAAAAUUGCAAACCAGGCGCUUGCCCAGGUCCCAUUCUUUAAACAUAUUUUGAGGGGACGCUGAUUCUAGAAAUAUUUCAUUAUAGAAAAUAUAAAUCUAUAAAAAUUAAUACUGAAUUCUAAAUCAUCAUAUAGUUAGUUCAUAAGCUGUAGUUGCAAGGAAAUCAUUACUUGAAAAUCUCACUGUGCGUUUUCACUGUCAAGGGAAUACCUCUUUUAACCUUUGCCCCGGGUCCUAUUAACUAUGUAAUGGAACACUGGGUAUUAUAAAUUAAGGUGCGUCUAUGGUAGGUGAUUGGGGGGCGGGGGUGAAUUGUUUACAUGGUGACUGGGGUCCAUUUCCAUCCCGCUGAGAAAUGAGGACAACCGGUUAGUAAAUGUUGUCCGGUAAAAAUUGCGAGGAAACUCCUAUAGAGGAGUGACUGGAACUAAAUGUCCUUUAUGAAGGGUGACCUUGUGUCAAGUAAAUCCUGAGGAGGAAUGCUAGGAGUCCUUCAUGUUCUGCACAGGUGGUUUAGGAGAGGAAAGGGGGUAAACUGAGUCCCAAAUAAACAUGAUGAAUGGUCUAGGGCUGCAAAUCAUUUAUUUUCUCUUUUUAAAGAAAAAAAAUAGAGAAAAAAACUACAAUGAAAGAUCCAUAUAGAACAAGCCCCGAGUUCAAAGUGCUGGUAUUACGAUCACAAUUUAACAAUAAACAAAUCUUUCCGAUUUCUUACCAGCAUUUCUAAGAUGAUGUUAUCAGUAACUUUCACGUACGUGUAUAUAAAAUAUUAUGGGCCUUUUAUCAUAGAUAUUUAUAGCAAUAUUGUAAGAUUCGCUUCACAUUAUUAUAACAUUUCCAUGUCACUAAGCAUUUUAAGAAACAAACCAACGGUGUAUCGAAGUACCAACAUAAUACUUGCAUUUAGAUAUGAUACUGCACUGCUCUCCGUAGUAAACACACAGUUAAUAAUGACAAGUUAGGAAAAAUAACAGUAAUUGACGAUGUCAUGAAGACUAUUAAACUUCGUGAAUAUCCCAUUGAUUGCGUUUAAAAUCAAAUCUUGACAAAUGAACAAAAAAUGUAUCUGUAAAUUCGGUUUACAAUAAAAGUCAAACUUUAUAUGCACAUUGCACAAUGAAUAAAUGUGUUCCCAUUAUAUCCAUUUAUUCCCUGAAAAUUAACCUUAUCUCACAACUUUGUUAAGUAUUUCAAAAAGUUAUUUUUAAUGACAUUAUUAGUGAACAAUAGCCAAAAGAUACAGUAACUUAUCUACAUAACAAUUUAACUGAGAGUUGAUAUACAUAAACGAUCAAGUACUAUUGAUACACUCAUACAUACAUGUCCUUACCGGUAGUCCCCAGGUUACGGCGGAGGAUCCUUUCCCGGCAGGGCGCUGUAAGCCAAAAAUCGCCUGAACCGGAAUUAUAGCAUCAUAAGUCUGGGUUACGGCGCUGAAAAAUUGUGGUUAACCGUGCCACAAGGCAAGUACCAUAAGUCCGAAACGAUGUAACCCGGCCCUGACGUAACCCGGGGACUGUCUGUAUAUACCUAUGUAUAUACACUCACUUGUAAUAGAAUGAUGUACUCUAUGAUUAUAUAUAAGAUGAACAUGAUCUUUGUUAUGGGCACUUGAGCGCCAAGUUAGGUUAGGUAUAUUUUCAUAAUCUAAUGUCCUAUUACUCUUCAGAGGAAUAUAUGCAUAUAUUUUUGUAUACAAACUGACAAAGGUAUUACCCAGUAUUGUUUAGUACCUACUAUUCAGCCAAAAUAUUUUCCCCGAUUUCACUGUACCGUCACUAACAACAUUAGAAGCGUAAGUUGAAAUUCAUGUUCAGAUUCUAUCUAAGGCAGCAGGUUUGAUUAUCCUUCUCGUAAAGACAGAACUUGUUCGUCAUGUCAGAGGUGUUGAAAAUUAACUAGGCAUUCAUGGACUAAGGCACCAACUGUACUAUACAGUGGCGACUCAGCAGUUACUUUUUUCAGUCCAAAACUUGUCAACUGCACUAAACAAAUAGCUGCAUAAUAGUUGUUGCCGUACUUACGAACACUCUUGAAAGCAACAAAUAUCUCUAGUAAUCUUCCAUGAAUGAAAAUUCAUUCCUAGUGUUUGGAAAAGGUCAAGACUGCAUUUUAUUUAGGUUUACCAAAAGUACGAAAUGACACUAAAAAUUGCCUUGCAAAAAUGACCUUGUUAGGUUUCUAUUCAAUAUUUGUCGGUGAGGAAGGAUAACACUCAUAAAAAAUCUAGUACCAGGUGCCAUUUGUGAACAAGUAUAACUUCUGAUAACUGCUCAGUAAGUUCAACAUUUGUGCUGAUAAUAACAAUCAUACCUAUAUCUAAAAUUAGAACAUUUAACAAUUUAACAAUAUCUUCCCACAAGCAGCUCAUUUAAAGGUAAAAUAAACUGAAAACACCCUGAAACGCCAAAAGUAUCAAAUUAAAAGAACUGCAUUACCUCACUUUGAGGUGAUAUCUUCAAUUUCUGACAAACUAUAGUUAAUCAAACCUGCAAAAGAUGUCAUGUAACGUCUUUACUAAGCAUGUGCCAAAAUCACCUUCUAAAGUUUUUCCUUUUUAUUUUCUUUCCUAUCUGUAAAAUAGAAAAAAAGUACUUAAUAAUAAAUAUUUCCACACGUC